AUGAGCACUCAACAAGAAUUAAUCAACCAUUUAAAGGAAACCCUAUCCAAAAUUGAAUUAUCUCAAAACAUUGAAAAGGUCAAUUCUUCUCCAAAGAACGGUCACACUGCGUUUGCUCCAAAGGAUUUCAAGCAUUCCCCUUGCAAGAUGCCAUUGGAUGAAUUAUUGGAAUGUGGUACUGAAUUAAUUGAUUUCCAAUAUGCAAACCCAACUACUUACCAUGCUAUUAAAGGUUUAUCUGAUAUGUUAGUUGAAUCUGGGUUCAAAUAUAUCGACGAAAAAGAUGAUUGGUCCAGUUUGGCUGAUAAUCCAGGUUAUUAUUAUACCACCAGAAACGGAACCAGUUUAUCAGCAUUCAUUAUUGGUCCAGAUUGGAAACCAGAAUUUGGUGUUGGUGUUGUUGCAUCUCAUAUUGACUCUUUAACCGCCAAAUUAAAGCCAUCCUCUCUUAAGGAAAAAGUAGAAGGGUUUGAUUUGUUAGGUGUUGCACCAUACGGAGGUACUUUGAAUGAAUUGUGGUUUGAUAGAGAUUUAGGUAUAGGUGGUCGUGUUCUUGUCACAGAAUCUGGUUCCGACAAAGUUAAAUCUGUUUUAAUUGAUUCUACUCCUCAUCCAAUUGCUAGAAUCCCAAGUCUUGCUCCACAUUUCGGUAGCCCUGCUGUGGGUCCAUUUGAUAAAGAAGACCAAGCAGUUCCUAUUGUUGGCUACGUUUCCCCUGAAGAAGCUGCCAAUGCACCAGAAGUGACUGAUGAAGAAAAGAAAUCACCAUUAUAUGGUAAGCACUGUAUCAAUUUGUUGAGAUGGGUUGCCAAACAAGCAGGUGUUAAAGUUUCUGAAUUAGUUCAAAUGGAUUUGGAAUUAUUUGAUGUCCAAAAGGGCACUUUUGGUGGUAUCAAGAAUGAUUUCCUAUUUAUCCCAAGAUUAGAUGAUCGUUUAUGUAGUUUUGCAGCUAUUGGUGCUUUGCAUAAAUUCGCCACUUUACAAAAACCAAACCCUGAAGAUUUCACCAUGGUUUGUUUAUUUGAUAACGAAGAAGUCGGAUCUUUGACUAGACAAGGUGCUCAAGGUGGGUUAUUGAGCGCCGUGGUUUCACGUGUUGCCAAGGCAAUGGCUGGUAGUGAUGCUAUUGAUUUACACCGUAUCUUUGCCAAUUCCAUCAUCUUAUCCGCAGACGUCAAUCACAUGUUCAACCCUAACUUCAAGAAUGUUUAUAUGUCCAACCAUUCACCAAAACCAAAUGUGGGUAUUACUUUAUCCCUUGAUCCAAAUGCUCACAUGGCCACUGAUGUCGUGGGUACUGCCUUUGUAGAAAGACUAGCGGCUGUUAAUGACGAUAAAGUACAAUACUUCCAAAUCAAGAACAAUUCUAGAUCCGGUGGCACUGUGGGCCCAUUCUUGGCAUCUCAAACCGGUGCUAGAACCGUGGAUUUGGGUAUUGCUCAAUUAUCGAUGCAUAGUAUCAGAGCUACUACUGGUUCGCAAGAUGUAGGUCUUGGUGCACAUUUCUUCUGUGGGUUCUACAUGAACUGGAGAAGAAUCUAUAAUGAAUUUAAUGGCUUGUAG